UCAUUUAAAUCAGGCGCGGCUAAAUUAUCACGCAUCAUUGGUAUAACCUUCUUAAAAUGGUCUUAGCACAGAUUGAGCAAAAGCGUCCAAACCAUUUAACCACGGCAAUUGGUUUUGUACAUCGUACAUAACGUUCGCCAGUGAUAACUUCCAGCUCCUGACUUUUCGACGCAUGAUGGUAAAAUUUCAUUCGAUGCGUCAAUCCUCGCUGCGGCGAUAGGCACGUGCGUCUCCGGUCUGCUAUGACAGCACGUUAUCCGACUGUCUGGGGCGCAGGAAUGCAUGGACUAUAGCGACUACUGCCGGCUGAGCAGCUCGGACGAAGAGGAUCAGCAGCAGCAGCAGCAGCAGCGACGGCGGCGGGGCCAGCAGCCGGCUGAUAUGACCGAGCUGAUGAGCGGACAGGCGUCAGCCGGCAGACAUGGCGGCCUGCCCGCCAACGGAGACCUGCCCUUCUACGCCCUGCCCAGGGCCAAAAAGACGUCUGCAGAAAUCAUACAUGAGGCUCGCGCGGCGCUCGGGGACGGCCGGGCCGUGGUUCGAACCGUGGACACGAGCCGUCCGUUCACGCCACGAGACCGCCAGAGGACGCUGUUCGGUACGGCCCAGACCUCGCCCACGUCCGGCCGGCCCACCAGUGCGUUCAGCAUGAACAGCCUGAGUCUGAGUUUCGACACGAACGAUUCUCGGCCAGUAUCCGGAGUUCGUCUUCUACCACUCACCACUGGCCGGUGUUCGUUCGGAAAGAACGGCAACUCGCCGCGGCAGGAGUCGAUCGAGAACGUCACCUUCCCGGCACUGUCAGAUGCUGGCAGCAAGGGCAAUUACCACCUGCCGGCCCUGACUGCGCACGACCGGGUCAGCCGGCGUCAGUUUAGGGCGGCCUCCCUCGACAAACUACCGGAGGAGGGUGAGGAGAUGCUAGCCGCGGCGCUCUCCAGCCGUAACGCGCACAGCGGGCCGCGGGAGCGCACCCGGCACCCAGUGGAGUGCGUGCCGCGGCCGGGGGUGGGCCACCCGCUGCCGGAGCUGGGCUCGGCGCCGCGGCCGGCCGACGUGCAGCCUCUCAGCGUACAGCGGCAGAUCGUGGAGGCGCUGCGGCCGACCGGCGAGCGGGCCGCGCGGCCGCCGCCGCCGCCCUCGGCCGGUCACCUACUACAGCUGGUGCUCUCCCAGCCGGAGGACGCCGGAGACCUGCACCUCAGCGACCUGGAGAGCAGCCAGAGGAUGACCAGCGGGCCGAGCACCGCGGCGCCCUCCUCCGCCGCCUCCGCCACCGUCACACCGGCCGACAGCGAGCCGGAGGCCGAGUCCGCGGACGACUUCGGCUGGUCGCUGUUCAGAAAGAAACGCGGCAUCCCGGCCACCACGCGGCCGGCGGCGGGUCGCGCGGCGGACCGAAAACCCGACCGGCCGCGGCUCGGCGUGGCUGACGACGCGUUCACCAGCGAUCCGACGGCUGUUUCGGCGGCCUCCGGGCCGAGCGGCGGAGGUGACGCGAUGGCGCGGCUGCACCCGGACGCGGCGCCUCUGCGGCGGCCGGUGGUGGCCCGCCGCGGCCGCAGCAGCUCGCCGCGAGCUCCGGCCGAGCCGCCCGAGGUGGCUGAGUACGCCGAGAGUCGGCCGGGCAGCGCGGUCAGUGGGACCGGGCCGGAGGAGGAGGAGCGGCCGCGCUCCCAGGAGCAGCAGAUCCUGGCACUGCUGGCGCGGCUCACAGAGAUGGCUGAUAAUGGAGCGGAUAACGCUGAGGUGCUGACAUCUGUUGUUGACCUGUAUCAACUGCUGGCUGACACGAACCACCUGGGUCGAGGCUCCCAGCACCGGAUUGCCACUCUGAAGACGAUAUUCCGCUUUGUGGACCGUCAGCACCCGCGGCUUUUGAUGCAAAUUUCUCGAACCAUUCUAGCGUUGCAAGUGAGUGGGAAAAACCUGACCAGUGUAUGCAAAUUGGUCUUCAAAGUCGCCCAGGACGAUGAAAAUGACGCUCUGUUUCUGGAGGGCAACUUUCUCGAACUGCUACUGGAGAUUAUCGGACGCAGCAGCCCCCUGGACGACGGAGAAGCGUGUGUCUACAGUUACGGCGCGCUCAAGUUUCUGACGAUGAAUCCGGCGCUGGUAACGCGACUCAUGAGUCUGGGCAUCCUAGACCUGGUGGUGCUGCAUCUGAAACUCAUCACCACAAAGAAGCUGGAGAGUAAGCGCGUCUCGGAGCAGACCGGUCACGCGCUGUACCAGCUGACCGGGGUGCUGCGAAACCUGGCCAAUGUGGACUCGACUCUGCCGCGGCUGGUGAGCUCCGGCGCCACGGCGCAGAUCUCCGGCGUGCUGGCCCUCUUCAGCGCCGACAUGGACGUCAUCUCCAACGUGGCCAGAAUCCUCAGCAUUAUUUCCACACACGACGAAUGCUGCGAGCAGCUGGUGGAGAGUGACCUCAGCUUCCGGGCCUGCAUCAAGGUGCUGAAGAAGUACCCCGGUGCCAACAACAUCGUGGUGCGGAUGGGCUACGCGCUCGGCAACCUCAUGGCCCGGUCCGAGUCGGCUAGAGUCAAGUUCUUCAGGGAGCCGGAAGCGCUGGAAACCCUGCUGAACCUGCUGGAUAUGUACUCCCGACGGACGGCCAGCAGCAGCAACAACAACGGCACAGCCAGCUCGGAGGCGGGGGAGGCCGGCGACUCGGCCGCCAACGACCCCGGCGCGCUCAGCGGAACGCCAGAGGACGUCAUCGUCAAGUUGAUCCGUGUGGUGGCCAACAUGGUCAUCAACCAGGAGGUGGGCUCCGAGGUGUCCUCGUCCCCGGCCUGUCUCAAGGUGCUGCUCGGUGUGCUGAGAACCCACAGUGUGGAGGAGCAUGAGGAGCUCGUGCUGUCCUCUCUGUCUAUGCUCAACAACCUUACCUUCUAUGCCAGCGAGGAGAGCGUCGUUUUCGAACGUCAGGCGGAGGUAACGCAUUGUUUGUGCUCGAUGCUCCGGAAGGAACACACCGAAUGUCAGAUCGAGGUUCUGCGGGUGUUCGGCAACCUGACCCGGUGGCCGGCCGUCCGCGAGGCACUCGCUGACCGAGAAGACGUGUCUGGUGAUGCACCAGUGGUGUCGCGGCUGGUGACGCUGCUCGACUCCGAUAACCGGGAGCUGGUCUACACCACCGUCGGCGUGCUCAUCAACCUGAUGACCGACCCCGGCAAGAGGAGCGACUUCAACAGCUUCGGAGGCAUCGACAAGCUCAUCUUGGUGCUGGAGGACUUUGGCUACAGCGACUGGCAGCUGGCGGCGCUGGUCUGCAAGGUACUCUGGAACCUGGCCGCCGACACGGACGACGCCGGCCAAGUGUUCUCCGACCAGCAGGCCGACCAGCUCGCCGUCGUACUCGACGAGUAUCUCGACGACGAGGUGCUGUUCCCGGAGUCGGGUCUGACGGCCGAGGAGCAGCAAAUCGCCGCCAUGUUGCGCCCCCUCUGGGAGGAGUUUGCUGACGUGGCCGCCAGUCUGCUGGAGAAGCUGGAUGACUCGCUGGAGUCUGUCGCCUCGGCCGCCGCUGCCACCGUGCCCUCGGAGAGCUCCAAGACUGCCUAAACAGAGCCAGAGGGCGCUACCUGCGUCCGAGCGGUGUGCUCAUUGAGAGGUUCAGAGGGGUACGGACGGCUGUGUGCUGUGUGUGCCGGAAGGUUGUGAUGUGGUGUGCUUGGGAGAAUGCUGAGGGGAACGCUGCCAGGGAUUUGUUGCCCCUGUGAGUGCGCAAUCUGCAUUGAAUGGUCUGAGUGUAGACCGGCAUUUGGCUGGUGGGUGUGGUUGGGUUGGAGGUCUGGUGGUAGGGCAGAUUUCUGCCCGGCUCUCAGUCAUAUCAUGGGUGAUAUUACGAUGGCUCGAUUUCGUUACAGGCUGGUGUCAGGGUGGACAUCAGCCAUGUAUCAUACUCUGUAUAUAAUUAUCUGUCCGGUGUCUAUCCCGAGAUCUGCUGAUGCCGGUCUCAUUAUAACUAUCCCGGAUCAUCUCAGAGCCCCGUUGGGUUGCUACUGUCGUAUCUCAGUAAGAUCAGAGGGAAUACCGUAGCCAUGUCACUCGUCGGGCUGCCGGGAUACACUGUGACCAGAGGACGGCGCAAGUCGGGAUUUCGAGGGACGGGGUGCCAGGGGAUCGGACCUCUGUAGCAAUUACAUGACGUGGAAAGUCCGAGUGAACGGCUAAGCUGGCUAAAACUGGCUAAAUAUGUGACCCCAGAGGGUUCCGAGGACUGCUACGGUGGUGCAGAGGCCUCCCGGCGAGUUGUGACUGUGAUGUUUGUUUUGUUGGUUCUAAUGAGACCAUUUCAGGACCGCGGGAUAGAAGAAAUUAAGGCGUGGCAUUGGUCUUGGCGGCCAUCACGGCUGAGACCGUCGCGCGGGACAGGCUACCCAGCGGUCUCCCCAACAUACGUGCGCCUGCUCCUGAGGAGCCAAUCGCGUAUGACGACCGUCCAGCCCGGAACAAGGGUUUACGGUGCUGAGGACGAGCAUUUGUGUAUGUCACGUAUGAUGACGACCGUCCAGCCCGGAGCAUUUGUGCGCCCUGACGAUUAAUAAGAGGGGUCAGAGGAGACACUGUGAUUGAGAGACGUGGGCUGAUAGUCGCUGCCGGAGCUGGCAGCGGAUGCGCCAUCUGGUGGUGAUACAGAGGACGUGUGCUUGUGCCGGUCUUCAACAGAUGACGGUGUGGUGACAGCCGGCUAACAGAUUCAGGCUGAACAAUGAAUAUCAUACCAGUGUACUUCUUAGCACUAACCAAUUAGGUACUGAAAAUCGUACGUAGAAGCUGGGGAUGGCAGGCUGACUGAUGGUAGCACCCAAUCAAUACUCUGCCUGGCUGUUCGUCUACCGUCAUAAUGUGAGGUUUGUGACUUCUAUGCCUGAGACAAUAAUUAUGUGCAAUAUCUGUCAACACUAUCCGUCGGAUCUCGUUUGUGCCAGGAGUGUUGGUCGGCACUUGAAUGAGUGAAACUGAUUGUGAUGGACACAAUAAUACCGCCUUGUAGCAAAUUUUGCGUCAGUGUUUGGUUCGUUUCGGUUUUCCUGCUCGUUUUUCCGUAUGGUGUAAUUCGGUGUUUGUGUAGCGCGAAUACACCUCCCAAAAGUGGCAGACAAUGGUUAA